AUGACGGAAGCUGAUGAUGAGGCAGCCAAAGACACUCAUCCUGAAGAUGACACUCAACCCGAAGAUGACACCAAGUCCAAGGAUGACAGCCGAGACAGGGAAGGUGAUGUCGCUGACAGUUCGGAUCAAACAAAAAGUCUGCUUUCCGAAAAAGUCAAGUAUAUGCAAAAGGGCAACCGCAGGAAGAAACAGGACAAAGGCAGCGAUGACGAAGAACCCCCAGCAUCCGGAUCGAACGGAGCACCCAAGGAUAGUCACAAGGCCAAGAAGAGACCAAGACUUGGUAAUGAUGAUGACAGCGGCACGGGAGACAGCGAUGCAUCAAUGAACAAGUCUCCGCCAGAUGACGAUGACGACCUUGGCAACCUUGGCAACCUUGGCACUCCUCUGAGUGGUGACAGCGAUGUUGAAGAGGAGCCAACAUCCAGAUCCAACAUUAACAAUUCCAUGGUAGAUGACGAGGCUUGGUCACUGGAUGGCAAGUCUAAGGAUGUUGGCCAAGAGGACCAAGAAAAAGACACAGCUGAUGCUGAAACCAGCAGCCAAGCCCGUGCAAGUGCAUCUUCCAGCAAGUCCAAGGAUGACAAGCAAUCGGAUAGCCCCGAUGUUUCUGCUGCUCGGGAGGACACUACCACGGACGACGACAAUGGCAUCGGAUGCGCUGCGCCAACAGAAGAAUCACAUGGUGAAAGAGUGGAGCUCGCAUUCGUGCAGACACCAGGAGAUGUUUUGGUUCGGUUGAAACUCGAGCAAGCGUAG